UACAGGCAUAGUCAACUUGUACCUACAUGAAAAUUCAACUGCGCAUGCCCAAAAUGUUCUUGUAAAUGUGUACCUGCCAUAUUAUAUUGGUUUUGACACUGUGUUUGACUUCCAAGAUGCAAAUGUCACCCAAAUAUCUCAUCUUCCAGAGCCUGGAAUGUCUUUUUCGAUUGCUGAAAUAGAUUUUAGAGACAAUGUAUCAUUUUCCUUCAAUCUUAUUCUUGACCCCGCGCGACAAUUGCCAAUGGGAAUGGACUAUGUUGAAACUGUUUUGCCUGUAGACAUGACAACUCGAGGCGCCCAAAGGCCAGACAGAGCCGACACUGGAGUAAUGUACACCCAGCUGCUUGUGUACGAGUUUGGCUUCAGUACAGAGUCACCAAAUGUGAUAGGAAUGGAAAGUGGAGUGAUUCAAAACUGCCAGAUAACGGCCUCGUCCUACCUUGACACAAAUAGGCCGGAGGAAGCAAGACUGAACACGGGGUCUGGAUGGAAACCGCUCGUCAGAGGAGCUCCUUUUUGUACAGAUGAAUAUUUACAGAUAAACAUUGGAACCUCGGCGUAUAUCACUGGUCUACAGCUACAGUCUACAACAAACAGCUAUCAGGAUAUCGUGGCUUCUUUCAAGCUUCAGUUCAGUGAUGACGGUGUGAUCUGGUAUGACGUCAUGACACACACUGGCAUAUCUCAGAUGGUAUUUGAAGUGAGUGUAAGUGGUGCAGGUUCUGUAAGUGACGUGUAUGACGUAGAUUUAAAUGAGACUGAACGCUUCAAUGCGCAAUACGUCAGGGUAAUUUCUGGCCCAUGUUUACUUGGUCUUCGUUUGGAACUCAAAGGUCUAAAAUACACAGGACCGACAGUUGACUGUUCAACAAUAUCGGAAACAGUCACGCCCGUAACUGAGCAAAGCUACGUUGUUGAUAGUGCCAAGGGCAACAUUUUUGUCUGCGGGCUUGAGAGCGUUGGCGGAGAUGUGUACUGUUCUUUCUCGGAUGAUAAUGGAGCGUCUUGGCUAGAAAUUGACGACAACUUAAGUAAUAUCAUUGCGCUUGUCAGCAAUACAUCAAUAGUGAUUGGAAAAGCUAAUGACAAUGUCACCCUUCUUGUGAGUGAAGACGAUGGUUUUACUUGGAAUGCACUUACAGACGAAUGCUUUAAUGAACUGCAAGCCAUGGCUGGAUACACGGAAUUUAAAACUUUCCCGUAUGAAGAUACGAGAGGACAAAGUUUCAAUGACAUGUAUGCAACGUACGGUAUGGACGGACCAGGCAGCAUGUCACUUACAGGUACAAUCAGUGGCAUUGCUGUGACAGAUGGAGGUACCUGGAUUGAAACUGCAUGGUGGGGAACGGAUGACUGGAACCUUCUUUAGUGAUUCCAGCUGGCAUGCAACUUCAGUGGCUGAAUGUUUUCUCUUUUUUUUUUGUACUUUUGUUUCAUAGUUUCUCUUUUUAAGUUUGUCAGACAGAUUAUAAAGAAAAGUGACGUGUCUGAAAAUAGUUGAAAUGCAAAUAAUGUCUGGAAUGACGAUUGUUUUUUUU